UUCAGACAUGUUAUUGGUUAUUUCUAGGGAAUUAACAAUGAUGAACUAUGCUCAGUGUAUUUUUUUAUACAGUGUUAAAGUGGGAAACCCCAAAGUUAGUCAGAGGAUUUCAGGCAUACAAUUUAAGUGAUAAAGAGAGACAUUGCAGCAAGUUUGAAGAUAUUGCAGGAUGCAUCAGAAUUGACUUAACUUGACUUAAGACUUAACACUCCCCUUAUGAUGUCAUUAUGAAGAAAACAGAGGAAGCCUGCUUUGAGGCAAUUUAUGGGCUGCUGUUUCCCUCAGACCAGAACAUUACACUGAGGCAUCUUUCUUCACACUCUCAAUGAGCUUGAAUCAGCAGACUAUUUAUUAGGCAACUCUGAAAGUGCGCAGCAGAUCUGACUGAUCUACCAUGACAUCCAAUGCCACAGAUUAUCACUGUGGACCCUCAACCCAUGGGCUAGUGUCCUCCGUCCUUCCUCCUGUACUUAUCAUUGAGCUGUUACUCGGCCUGCCUGGCAAUGUCAUAGCACUAAUGAUCUUUUGCCAAAACAUGCAGCAUUGGAGGGCCAACGUUACUUUCCUCUUCAACCUGGUUUUGUCUGAUUUUCUGCUCCUCUUGAACCUACCCUUUCGUAUCGACAACUACUGGCAUGGUAAUAAGUGGAGAUUUGGAGAUGCUUGGUGUCGGAUCAACCUAUUCAUGCUAGCGGUAAACCGUUCCGCUAGCAUUGCUUUCCUGACCACUGUGGCAGUUGACCGCUACUUUAAAGUGGUCCAUCCACAUCACAGAAUCAAUCACAUGCGCUCAAAACAGGCAGCUUGGGUCGCCUGUUUCAUCUGGGUAGUUGUGAUAUCUCUGAGGAUGCCAUUACUGGCUAACAAUCUUCAUAGCACAGAUGAGAAAAACAUCUCCCAUUGUAGGAGUUUCAGCAACUAUGAGAAUCCACCACCAGGAAUCCAACUGUAUUAUGUCAUAUUUAAUUUAGAUUUCUUUUUGCCUUUGGUGCUCCUGAUCUUCUGCUCCGUGCUCAUUGCCUGUAUCCUACGUUCUCGCAAGAUCAACAAGGACAAGAGAGUGCAAAGGGCUAUUCAGACUGUCCUAGUGAUUGUUGGGGUUUUCGUCCUUUGUUUCUUUCCUGGGAUUGGCACAGGGCUGACUGCACUCUAUUUUAAAUCUCUUGGAAAUUACUACUGCAAUGCUUACCAUCUGACCAGUGAGUUGUUUGAGAUGUCCAUAGCUUUCACCUAUCUGAACAGUGCUCUGGAUCCAGUCAUCUACUGCUUCUCCAGCUCUAUAUUACGCAAUUCUUUGAAACAAGCGCUAAACCGGACUGGAAUCAUGGAGCUAAUGCCCAAUCGACAGGGCAGCGUGAAAAGUGGAAGAGACUGAGAAUGGAUUUAGGAUUGGACAGGAAAAAAAUUAACUGUAAAGUGGGCAGUGCAUACUUAUUAAAGGUGAAGAAUGUAAUUCAACCAAUGGCAUGAGUUUGAGACAGGGACUGUUUGUUUGACUGAUGGCAGAUAGGGAGAGUUGUUAUUUUUGCAAUUCUAUUUAGUGGCACAUAUAUUGCACACUUGCCCUUUAAUUCACUGUGGCUUUAUUUAUUGUUUUGUAUGUUAAGUUUUCUUUUUGGUAGAUAUACAUUUUAUUUGUAUUUCUGGUUCAUAUACAGUAAUAAAGGAUUUUUAUGUAACACAGAAUUGUAAAUAGAUUGUCUGAUUUCAGUGUGAUAUAUGAUAAAUGAUUAAUAAAUAAAAUAAUGCCAUACAAGAUUGAAUAU